AAUCAUCCACCAAACGAACCCUAAACAAAAAACUCUGUCCAUACGUCAUAAAUUUUCUUGUUACAUUUUUGUUCAAUAUAAUAAGUGGUUCAUUGAUCGGGCUCGGGGUACUGGGGAUACUUGGACUGAAUUCAAGUUGGUCCUUGCCAUAGCAGAAAAAUGAACGACUUCACCGUUGGGUCUGUACCCAAUGUAUUCUACAUUCCAGAUUUCAUUUCUGAGUCUGAACACGACCAGCUCUUGAAUAAUAUAAACGGUGCGCCAAUUUCUAAAUGGAAAUCUUUGAAAAACAGGAGAUUGCAGAAUUGGGGAGGAGUUGUGCAUGAAAAAGGCCUUAUAGCUCAAGACUUGCCUCCUUGGUUAACUAGAAUUACAGAGAGAAUAAAUGAGAAAUCAGGGUUAUUUCCUUCAUCAAUUAAUCAUGUGCUUAUCAAUGAAUACCUUCCUAACCAAGGAAUAAUGGUUUGUUCUGAACUCCCGCAUCAAGAUGGACCAGCUUAUUAUCCUGUAGUGGCAAUUCUUUCUCUUGGAUCUCCUGUGGUUAUGGAUUUCACUCCACAUCCUAAUUUGAGCAGCAGUACACAUGGAAACGGUGUUGACGACAAAAUUUCUGACCCGGGGCCUGCUGUGAUGAAUUCUGGUGAACAGCUGGAUAGUUGCCAUCCAUUUUCUAUCGUAUUGAUGCCUCGCAGUUUGUUGAUAUUCAAAGACUUGGUGUACUCAGGUAAACUUUCUAGUUGGGUAGUUAGUUUCGACAGAACCACUCAGGUUACAAUUCGACAUACUGCCUGAGGUUUUGAUACUAUUCUCAGAGUACUUUGAAGAUGUGUCAACAUUGUCCUUGAAGUUUUAACUUCUAUCGCUAGUGACAAAAAGGCUCUAUUCUGCCCUGCCUAUUCUUCUGAUGGUUUAAUUUGCCAAACCUCCAAUGCUAGUUGUCCAAUUGCACCAGAACUUGUCAAUAAGCCCCUAUAUUUUUAUUCACAAAGGCCAAUUUAGCUGAUGUCACUAGCCUUAACUUCUUUAUGUACUAGAACGCCGAUGGGAGUACGCUUUCUUCAAGGAAGUGUCACAUACUACAUUAUAUUAGUAAAGAGCCCUUGAUCCCUUUAUUUGCUAGUUGUGGAGGUUUCGCCCUUUGCUUCCGGCUUUGAUGAAGGGAAAUAGUCAAAAAAGUUCCCCCUGGAAUGCGAGUAGGCUUUCAUCGAAACAAAGAGAGCCCCAAUUGCACCCAAGGGUGUGGCCUAGUGGUCAAUGAAGUGGGUGAGAACCAUGAGAUCUGUUCAAAUCCCACGGAGGCAAAAAACAUUCUUCCCAUAUGUCCAAGACUUAAUGGAUAGAGUUACCUGAUGAUACCUGUUACUGAUGCGAGGUGGCAGGUAUCCUGUGG